CCAUGGCUGACCAACUCUUGCGUAAAAAGAGAAGAAUUUUUAUCCAUUCAGUGGGUGCAGGCACAAUAAAUGCCUUUCUGGAUUGCCUAUUAGAGGAUGAAAUUAUUAGCCAGGAAGACAUGAACAAAGUGAGAGAUGAAAAUGGCACUGUCAUGGAUAAGGCUCGAGUCUUGAUUGACCUUGUUAUCGGAAAAGGACCCAAGUCUUGCCUCAAAUUUAUCAAGCAUCUUGGUGAAGGAGACCCUCAACUUGCUGCAAAGAUGGGUUUGCACAAAGAGUGAAGAUGGAACUCUGGAGCACUUCAGAGACUUCCCAGAGCUUCUUCCAAGGGAAAAGACAUUCUUGUAAAAAAACUGAUUGUUUGAAACCUGAUUAAUCUGAUAGGUUUACAAUAAAUCUUGCAUUCUCUCACAUUACUUGCUUCUUAUUCUUUCUCUCCCCGUACCAACAGAGGAUAAUUCAUCAAUAAUAAUUAAGGUCAUGAUAAUUGUAAUGUAACUAAGAAAGUCCCUUCCUUUCCCUUCCUUUUGGUUUAGUUCAUUUGCAAUCUUGUAGAGACAUGUACAGCCUGCUUUGGUGCUUUUAGCACUGAGAGUCUGAUGUAAUGGGAAUAAAAUGAAGUCCCCACUCAGAA